CCACUUCGUCGAAAUCGUGAGACGGGGCAGCGAGAAUUGCAGAGAGAGGGAGAAAAAAAAGGAAGAGCAAAAAGGAGAAACCCGGAGGCCGGAAUCCCAAUCGAUCGAAGGAAGCAGAGCUGGGGGAUCGCGGCGGCGGCGGCGGGGGAAGAACCGGGGGGGAGCCGUGGAGCGAUCAGGGAGGCAUCUGCGCCCGAUGUGGGCGUGGGGCCUCGCCGAGCGCGCCGUCGCCGGCCUCCUCGGCCCCGCCGGCGCGCACGGCGGCCGCUGGAACACCGCCGUCGCCGUCGGGGUCACGGCCGCGGCCGGCAUCGCGCUAGUCGCCAUCGUCGUCUCCUCCCGCAGGGGCGGGAUCAAAUCCCCAUGGCGGCGCCGGAGGAAGACCGCGCUUGGGCCCAAGGAAUGGCGCGGCUUGUUCACGCCGGAGGGGAAGUUUUACGACGGCGGUGUCAAGCUACUGAAGAGAGUUCGGAACGGAGGGGUUGAGCCGAGCAUCAGAGCAGAGGUCUGGCCCUUCAUUUUGGGAGUUUAUAGCCUGAAUAGUUCAGCAGCUGAGAGGGAAGCAGUUAAGGUCCAUAACAGGAAGGGAUAUCUGCUCUUAAGGAAACAUUGCUUGCGAAAAAACAAUGAAGAAAGCAAGCGAUCAGUCAAUCACAAACAGAGCAUUAGUUCUGGCAAAGUCAAAGAAUCUGUUACUUCUGUUGGAUCUGAAGAACAACCUGAAAAAGUAAGCGUGGAAGAUCAUAUCACGACCGAGGAAGAGAAUUCUUGUGUUAGUUCAGAGCAAGAAAUGCAGGAUAAGACAACUAAAGCAAUUCUAGAGAACCAGGCGGAUGAAAACCCCUUUUCAUCUAAUUCACGUGAUGACAAUGAGAGUGAGAAAAGUGAUGUGACCCAUGUGGAAUCCCAUGAUGGUGUGGCCUCAGUGCACCAGUUUUCAGUUGAGGAUGAAGAAGAAAGUAUGCCCCUGCCCAAAUAUUUGAACACAGGAGGAAGUAUAGAAGCUGAAACUAAGUUAUCUAAGGAUGCCCGUCCUGUGAAGUCUGCACGGACAGUUGAGGAUUUUGAGACAUGGCAAAGGAUAAUUCGUUUGGAUGCAGUUCGUGCUAACAAUGAAUGGGUUUCCUACUCUCCAUCCCAAGCCGCUGUUACCAGGGAGAAGGCAAUUGAAUCUGCUUCAGCUGUUUGUCUCAAAGACUAUGAGCACUUGGAAGCACAUAGGAUCCAUCAUGCGUCGCGUCUUGUUGCAAUACUUGAGGCCUACGCAACGUAUGACCCAGAAAUUGGCUAUUGCCAGGGCAUGAGCGACCUCCUUGCACCUCUCCUUGCUGUGCUGGAGGAAGACGAUGAAGCCUUCUGGUGCUUUGCCGGUUUCAUGAGGAAAGCCCGCCACAACUUCAGACUCGACGAAGUGGGUAUCCGCAGGCAACUCAACAUGGUCUCCAAGAUAAUAAAAACCAAGGACUUCCAUCUUUACAGGCACCUGGAGAUGCUCGAAGCCGCAGACUGCUUUUUCGUUUAUAGAAUGGUGGUUGUGAUGUUCCGGAGGGAACUCACCUUCGAGCAGACCCUCAGCCUGUGGGAGGUGAUGUGGGCCGAUCAGGCAGCGAGGCGUGCUGGGAUCACAAGAUCGUCCUGGGGAAAACUUCGGCUUGGAGCCCCUCCGACAGAUGACCUGCUGCUGUAUGCAAUUGCAGCCAGUGUACUGGAGAAGAGGAAACUGAUAAUAGAGAGCUAUAGCAGCAUGGAUGAGAUCAUUAGGGACUGUAACAGCAUGGCCGGGCAGCUGGACAUUUGGAAGCUCCUGGACGACGCCCAUGAUUUAGUGGUGACCGUACAAGACAGGAUCGAGUAGCUGGGAUCUACCCAUGCUUAUAUCUGUAUGAUUGGUCCUGGUAGCUUUCACGUUAUCACAUGUCUGUUAUAUACAAUAUCUUGUAUGAGGUUAUCGAUAGAAACAUUUUUUGUCUUGUUUUCUGGCGUGCCCUCUCUCUGCGUGUGGAACCCGUCACAGUAUGUCUGUUCUUUGCACAGAGCAGAUCUGUGGAUCUUGUCAUCUGUUGCUACUUCUUGGAUUGUGGAUGGAUACAAUUUGGUCU